AUGGAUCGUGCGCAGCUUCUUUUGUUUGGGUUGCUGAUCUUCAUUUUCUUCUCGGAUCUUGUAAGCAUCUUCACGCCACCGCAAUCAUUGCCUCCAAAAUCAAACCACAAUCACCCCCAUCUCCAUCAACAGCGUCCCCAACCCCAUCUUGGCAUCUCACAGACCCUAAAUUUUCCUACACAGAAAGCGAGUGGAUUUGGAGGAAUCGACAUAGGCAACGCCAUCAACAUUAAUUUCUGCUCUUCUUGUUCCUUCAGCUUCACUUCUAAUGGCCUAAGAUUCAGUGAACUAGACAUAUUUGAUAAACUUCUUAUUAAUUCUGAAUUAUCUUUGACUGAGUUGGAUAGUUUUGCCUCAACAAAUGCAAAUUCUACAAUAGCUCUGCUGCAAGCUGCUGGUGUUGUGCUACGCCGUGAAGCUGCUGUGGCUAUGAUUGGAGUUCUGCUAUGCCAUGAAGCUGCUGCGGCUGUGAUUGGAGAGAGUUGCAGAGGACCUAGAGUGAUGGUGCUGGAGGCUGAA